AUGUUGGCGUCUAAUAUCGAUGGUGUGGGUGGAACAUUGGAACGAUUGUUAAAGGUUAAUGUACAGGUGAGGGAGACAAACGACUAUGUGGAAAGCGAUAGCAAAGGUUUUGAAGUGCCAUCAGUUGGAGGAGAUGCUAAAUUGGCACUUACGAACACUGCCCAUUAUUUCACACGUUUGGAGUACAAGAAGCUAAUAUGGAGAUGUCUCAGCAAGUUUAAUGGCUUCAAAGGUGGCUUCAAUGAGAUGCGCAGCCACAUGCUGCCAUGUAAGUACCAGAGCGUAGGUGAUGGUAAGGUGGCAUGA